AUGGCGGUCGACGUUGCGGAGCAGUUUUCAGGCUGGGUCUCGCAGACUCAGAAUGCUGAGCAGACGAAGGUUGAGGAGUUGAAGGCCUUUUCCGAUAAGUUUACAAAGCUGAACAGGGAGUUUCGCGAUAUCUCCAACGACCUUCAGAGAGAGCGUGUUGCGGCCAGACAAACCCAGGAAGAGGCGAAGUCGCUGAGGAGUCAACUUAGGGAGUUGCAGGAGGCUGUGGAGCGCAGCUCGUUCGUGUUGGUUUUGAUUGACGCCGACGCCGAUGGCUAUAUUUUCAAGGAAGACUAUUAUAAGGAUAUAGACGGCGGUCGGAAUGCCGCUUUACAUCUGGAAGCUGCUGUGAAGGAGCAUCUGAAGAACUCACACCCAGAGUUGGCGAAUGUGCCGGUCAUGAUCAAGGCAUUCGCCAACGCUGAUGGGCUUGCCCAAAUAUUGGUCAAGGCAAAACUUAUAAAGUCUGCCGGUUCGCUGUCCAGUUUUGCGAAGGGGUUCUCGCAGGCCCAUGAUGCCUCCGACUUUGUGUUGGUCGGUAGUGGCAAAGACCGUGCGGACGAGAAGAUCAAAGGUGUCUUUCAGCAAUUCAUUACAAACCCUACCUGCCGUCAUGCUUCCGCUCCAUGCGGCUGGAGACGAUUUUUCGAAGUGAACCAGUGUAUACUCGCAACUCGCCGCCUCACACACAUCGAGCCUUGA